AUUAGUGAAUUCAAGUGUUUCACUCCUCAAUCCAGAAUAUCUCGUUUCUGUUAUGUCUGAAAAAUGAUUCUGAUUCAGUCUUUUACAAGUAAAUUACUGUUCGCCAAUUGAUCGUGAGUAGAAUUUAACUGACCUUAGUGAUUGAUAUAAAUUAUGACUAUGUAUGGAAACGAGUCUUUAACGGUUGAUGAGGAUUGUCCUAUUGGACCAAUUUUGGCCACCCCGUCAAAAGUGGCAGAACGUCAAAAGCAACAACGUACUCUCGAAUAUCUAUUAAAAAUGAACAGACAUAAACGAUCCGAUAAGGUUUUGCCUGAGGAACUUUUUGAUACGGAAACUAAUCACGUAUCUAUAUCAAAUUCUGAAAAUGAUGUGAUCUCCUCGAAAGUAUUGAAUACACUUUGUCAGGAACACGAUAAAUCGGGCGAUUGGAAAGACAACGAAGCUUGGAAAGUGCAAGGACACGUGCAGCCGAAGGUGCCUUCUUGCAAAAUAAGUACUGCUGACUGGAAAUGCAGAAAUUUAUAUAGCAUGUCGAAUUCACAUCGUUACAGUGGUUGGAACACUGGUUAUGCGGACGUAACAGAAAGUCUACAAGAGGAAUUAGCCAAAGAACGAGAGCAAAAUCUGUUGUUUAAUAUUCGCGAUUAUUUGGCUGGAUAUCAAGAAACCCAUGGCACUCCGCGAACAGAGUAUUCCUUCGCUGCACUGAUAAGCGUGAUGGGUCAAACGACAGGCCGGGCUUUGCUUGCUCUAUUCUAUAUCAUAGUCAACAUUGCCCCAGUUGCUGAAGUGUUUUUGUAUAUCUUGCGAUUUGUUCUGGACAAAGUAAUCAACAUCAUCUAUACUCCAGACAAACAACAGAUAUUAGUCAAAUAUUUAGUUCUUGGAUUACAGCUACUAACAAUUUAUAUUUGCCUUAUGUUCAUAUUUGGUUUCAUUAUCACUCCGAUUAUAUACAUGGUUAUUGAGAUUCUAACGAAAAUCAUGUUGCUCAGUUAAACUAGGAUCAAAUUUAGGAAUUAGGAGCGUGGGGUGAGGUAUUUGAAAAAAACUAUAUCUUUUGUAUUUUGUUCGCGCCAUUUCAGGUUUUUUUUUAUUGUUAUACAUAUAUUUUGUGACAGUUUUAUUAAGCAUUUUGUUAAUAUACAUUUAUAUAUUUGUAAUUAUAUGAAAAAAGAAUACAUCCAUUGAGAUAUAAUUUAAUUGUAUGGCAUA